UGAGGUGGAGCUUGUCAUGAGUUGGAAGGAAACAGAAAGAGAACUGCUGCAUGCCGAAGUGUUUGCCUCUGUGACCGUUCACUGCGGUCUACCAUGGGAAAAUAUACUGAUGAGUAGAAAUAUCACCUGGGCUGCUGACGACCAGCAUAAAACAGUCCACAGCAGCUUUUCUUCAGAUGCUUCGUCGCAAAAUGCCUCAGCCGGACAUUCAAUACACUAAACUGCGAUGGCUGUUAACCAUUGUUGGACUGGUCUUGUAUGUGGUGGACAUUUGCACAGACGUGGGACUGGCACUGAAAUAUUUUCUAGAGAAGAAUUUUGUGUGGACCGCACUGACUCUGGUGUUUGUUCUGGUGGGGCUGCUGGUGACGCAGAUCUUCAGUUAUGCCUGGUACAGGGAUGACAUGAAUGAAUUUCAGGCGGACACUGUGGGAGAACCGAGCAUAUCAACUAUACCAGGCAUGUCAACAGGUGGACUUGCUGUCCUGCACGUAUUUGGCAUGGGUAUCUUCACCAGGUAUUAUCACCUCCUGAACAAAAGCUUUAAAGUGGUUUGGAUGACGACAAAAUCAUACACAGUGGAAGAGAAGACAGAUGUGCACUACGAUCUGUUUGGCUUGGCGACAGAUCUGAGCAUGCUCAAACUGUUUGAGGCUUUCCUGGAGAGUGUUCCCCAACUGCUUCUUCAGCUUUACAUAUUGCUGGGUCAGAAUGAGCGAUACUCAGUCCUGCAGUAUUUAUCUCUGGCGUUCUCCUUCUUUAACAUCGCCUGGUCCCUGGUGGACUACCGCCGCUGCAUGCGCAGAGCCCACCCCCAAAUAACCGAGAUGCCCUCUGGCCUCCCCACAGUCGUCUACCUCCUCUACAAACUCUGCACCAUCACCAGCCACAUCCUCAGCUACACCCUCCUCCUCAUACUGAGCCCCUUCAGCACGAUAGCCCUCACUGUCCUCUGGCUGCUGGGCACAACCUGGGCAAAUGUACUUCAAACUGACUUCUGCUUAUCAAGAGGGCUUGAGUUUCUUUACCGAGCAGUCGUCGGAUUCAUCCUCACCUUUACCUUUUUCAACGUCAAAGGACAGGACACCAAAGUAGCCAUGACUAUCUACUACAUUUUCUAUGUUGGCAUAAACAUUUUAGCUCCGUCGCUGCUGGCUUUGUUGAAACCAGAGUUACAGACAGCUGUGUAUUUGCUGUCGGUCUGUGGUUUGAUCGUUGGCGGUUCAGUGCUGGGGCUGGUGUGUCUUGUGCUUUACUACCUCCUGCUGCAUCCUAGAGAGAAGCAGCAACGUGUGUCAGACGAGGUGGACGGUCUGGGGAAGGAAACACAGACCACAAGGAGAAUGAGGAACUUUUUACAGCCUUGAUGAUGUAAUUCCAAGCUAAGAAAAAAACGAGGAAUCUGAAACUACUGAACAUUUUGACAAGGAAAAGACAGAUGUCAUCUUGAUAUUGUGCUCGCUAUUCAUCAUAAACUAACGCUGCUAUUAGUUAUUGACCAUAUUCUGAGGAAAGUUUGCUUUUUUAUUACUGAUACAAAUAACUAACAAAGCAAUUAAGUGUAAUAUAGUA